AUUUUUCUUACGAUGGAAAGGCUGGUUGUCUAUCUACUGGUUAUUAGCACAGCCGUGAAGGCCAUGAUGUGUCCCAAAAGAUGCAUGUGUCAAAACCUGUCUCCAUCCUUCACAAUUCUCUGUACGAAGACGGGGCUCCUCUUUGUGCCCCCCAGUAUUGACAGGAGAACAGCAGAACUAAGGUUAAUGGAUAACUUUAUCACUACGCUUAGGAGAAAAGAUUUUGCAAACAUGACCAAUCUCAUUCACUUGACACUAUCGAGGAAUACAAUAAGUCAAAUCAUGCCUUAUGCAUUUUUUGAUCUUAAAGGCCUUCAUGCCUUACACUUGGAUAGUAAUAGACUGACUUACAUCAACGAAGACCAUUUCAAAGGUUUAAUUAACCUUCGGCAUUUAAUACUCAGUAACAAUCAAUUAAACUAUAUCUCUCCUGGGUCAUUGGAUGACUUUAUUGAAACAAUUGAAGACCUGGACCUGUCCUACAACAAUCUCGUUAACGUUCCUUGGGAAACAAUUGCCAAACUUUCCAAUGUCAAUACGGUCAGUCUGGACCAUAAUCUCAUUGAGUUUGUGCCGGAGGGAAUCUUCUCAAACCUUCACAAGCUUGCCCGUCUAGACAUGACCUCCAACAAGCUGAAAAAGAUCCCUCCCGAUCCUUUGUUUUCCAGAAUACCGGUGUACGCCAAGUCUAAAGGAUCUCCGCUGUCGUCCCUGGUGCUUAGCUUCGGAGGGAAUCCUUUGCACUGCAACUGCGAACUCGUGUGGCUGAGACGUCUCACCAGAGAAGACGAUCUAGAGACCUGCGCCUCUCCACCAGAACUGAUGGGCAAAUACUUUUGGUCUAUUAAAGAGGAGGAGUUUGUCUGCGAACCCCCGAUGAUAACGCAUCGGACCCCAAAGCUAACAGCAACGGAAGGCCAAAGCAUCUCUUUGAAGUGCAAAGCUGUCGGCGAUCCAGAUCCCUACGUUCGCUGGAUCUCACCCGACGGGAAGCUGGUCUCUAACACGUCUAGGACUAUUUCGUAUGAGAACGGUACUCUGGAUAUUUUGGUUACUUCUUUGACGGACAAGGGCACGUUUACCUGCAUAGCAUCAAAUGCCGCGGGAGAGUCGACGGCUCCAGUCGAACUCCUCGUUACCCCGUACCCCAACCUCGCUAACAGCACCAACUGCGACAAAGACGCGGAGCCCGGCCCCUCAGAUAUCCUCAUAUCCGCCAAGUCAAGCUUUCCCAAUGAAACGAAGGCUCAGCAAGAGAAGGCGGUGGUGGUGGCCGAGCUGACGUCGUCCUCCGCUCUUAUCCAGUGGCCUUCUCAGCAUCACCUCCCUGGGAUUCGAAUGUACCAGAUUCAGUAUAACAGUUCUGCUGACGACAUACUAGUGUACAGGAUGAUCCCAGCUGCUAGUAAAUCCUUCUUCUUGACUGAUCUGGUUGCAGGACGUGAGUACGACCUCUGUGUUCUUGCUGUUUAUGAUGACGGAUUGACAUCUUUGACCGCAACCAGAGUGAUCGGAUGCGUGCAGUUCACCACCCAGGAAGAGUACAAACAGUGCCGAUCCCUUCACGCGCAGUUUCUUGGAGGAACCAUGAUCAUCAUCAUUGGGGGUAUCAUUGUGGCUUCAGUUCUUGUUUUCAUCUUCAUCCUCCUCAUGAAAUACAAAGUCUACAACAACCACCACAAAAAUAAAACUACUAAAGUUAAUAAUGUCUGCUCUCAAACCAAUGGCAGCCAAAGUGGCUCGAUGGCUCGAUCCACUUCUAAACUUGCAGAGAGGCGGGAAAGUUUGCACCAGGAAUGCUCGGGCUCUUCCAUCAAAGGAAAAACUGUUGUAGAUUUGGAUUGUGAAAAAGUGACUCCAACCAACACAACCUUUUUAACAACUGAAGCGUUAUCUUAA